GAGGCCGUCAAGAACUUGAUUGCCACUGCAAUCGAGGAGGCCAACAAGCCAGGAGGCAAAGUCUACCAGGCGAUCGUCGACUCUUUCGCCGCGGGGCAGGCGGGGGCCCAGGCCGUCGACGCGUCUGCCGCGAGCGCUUCCACCCGGGCGGUCUCGCAGGCCCUCUUGCCCGCAGGAGAGAUCACGGCCGCCUUCUCGAAGGAGUUCGACCAGAGGGCGGACGCGGAGUACCCGCACAGCGCCAGGCUCCGCCCCCUCACGACGGCUCAGCGGUCGGCGGCCUGGAGGAAGCUCGUCGCGGAGGCGGGCGCGGCAACCCAGGCGGCGGACGCGGUCGCAAAAGACCCGGCCAUGGCACGCGUCCUUGCCUCGCAGGCGGCCCACCCGCAGAACCCAGAGCUUCUCGCUUUGAAGAACGCGGCCGCGUUGAAGUACGCAGCCAGAUUGAAGUGGAAGCCCAUCUGCUUGCCCAGCUUCGGGGGGGGAUCCGACCGCCUACAGCGGCACGCGGUCGCACAGGCUGCAAAGAAGGACGGGCCAGCGAAAGCCGCUGAGCAGCGGGCGGAGUUGAUGGACCUUGUCUACUUCGUCAUCAAGUCGCACAAGACGAGGACCACCAAGGCGUCCGCCAACUCGCCGCUGGACACGGAGAUCCUGGCCAAGACUUCGGGGUCGACGCCCCGCUGGGCGAGGGACUCGGGGUCGGGCGGCCCUUCGCCCAAAACCGCCCGGGCGGUCGAGCCAGGGCAGCAGCCGCCCCAGACCGGCCAGCCGGCGCAGGCCUCUCUGGGCGGAGGGGGCUCCACCCGGACCACCAAGAAGCAGCUGGUCAGCAAACUCACCGAGGAGCUGGAGAAGCUGGCCUCGCACGCUUCCCCGGCGCGCAUUCAGGCCUGGAUGGACGAGAAGUUCAAGCUCGACGACGUGCACCGGCAGGCGAUGAUGGAGGUCACGCGCGUGAUCUGCCGGAAUUGCCUCCCGAGCAAAAAGGGAGCAGUGAGGCACUCGCUGAAGGAGUGCUGCGACGCCAGCAAUCCGUGCUUCAUCCCACGCGCGAAGUGCACGAAGGCCGGGCGCAAGGAUCGCAUCCUCCAAUGGGUAUCUGACUGCCCGCACUAG